AUGGCUGAGACGCGCGUCGAGGAAGUCCCUCAGCAGAAGGAGGAGGAGACCAAGAAGGUCACCGUCGAGGAGCAGCACGAGGACUCCUCCAGCGAUGAGUCGGAGGGUGAGGCUGGCGAGACUAGCGUCCCCGCUGGUGCCCCCGCGGUUAUUCACUCCCGCAAUGAGAAGAAGGCUCGCAAGGCCAUCGAGAAGCUGCACCUUACUCGGGUGCCGGGCAUCACCCGUGUCACCUUCCGCCGCCCUAAGAAUAUUCUCUUUGUGAUCAACAACCCCGAAGUGUACAAGUCUCCCAACAGCAACACGUACAUUGUGUUCGGUGAGGCCAAGAUUGAGGACCUCAAUGCUACUGCUCAGGCCGCUGCUGCCCAGCAGCUUGCCAGUCAGACUGCUGAGCAUGACCACACUGGCCACGCUCACGACCACAAGCACGAGGAGACCAAGGAGGAGGAGGAGGACGAUGGCGAGGAGAUUGACGCGACUGGCAUUGAGGACAAGGACAUUGAGCUUGUCAUGACCCAAGCCAAUGUGUCGCGGAAGAAAGCCAUCAAGGCCCUGAAAGAAAACGACAACGACAUAGUCAACUCGAUCAUGGCAUUGAGCGUCUAA